AUGGUCGUGGGGUGGAGACCGGCCCCGACAGGUUGGAUCACAGUGAACUCCGACGGGUCGCUCUUGCGAUCGUCAGGGUCAACCGUUGUAGGAGGAGCGCUUGGAGACGGGCAAGGCCGCUUGUUAGGGGCCUAUGCGAUGAAUCUGGGAAGAUGUACCAUCACUCGAGUAGAAAUUUGGGGGGAACUCAAGCGCCUUGAGAUAGCAUGGGAUGCAGGAUAUCGCUGA